AAAAUGGCAGACACAGCAUGUCUGGAAAAUGCAAGUUCCAAAGAAAAUGAGACAAAUGAGGACCCUGUAAAGAAUGAAAAUUUAGCUGACGGCGAGCAGACAACUGCCGCCAAAAAGAAGAAAAAUAAAAAGAAGAAAAAGAAGGCUGCUCAGGAUGCCGAUGGUAAUGAUGCUGUGGAAGAAGUAACUGAGACUUUGGAAAAGCAGACUCUGGAUGGAGAAAUUGAUGGUGCUGGUGAUGAGGGAGAGAAUGGAGCAGAACCAUCAGCUGCCAAGAAGAAGAAGAAGAAAAAGAAGAAGAAAGGAGGUGCCAAGCAACAAACUGACCCCCCUUCUAUCCCUGUUUGUGAGCUCUUCCCUGAUGGCAACUUCCCAGAAGGUCAGAUUAUGGACUAUCCAGACUGCCAAGAUGACCGGACAGCUAAGGACCGCUACACAACUGAGGAGAAGAAGUUUGCUGAUCGUAUGAAUAUUGAUCUGUAUAAUGAGAUACGACAAGCUGCUGAAGCUCACAGACAGACCAGGCAUCAUAUGCAGAAGGUUAUCAAACCAGGAAUGAAAAUGAUAGAUAUUUGUGAAACUUUAGAAGGAAUAUCACGGAAGAUGAUAAAUGAGAAUGGUCUAAAGGCUGGACUGGCCUUUCCUACUGGUUGCUCAUUAAAUCACUGUGCAGCUCACUAUACUCCCAAUGCCGGCGACAGUACCGUCCUUCAGUAUGAUGACGUCUGUAAGAUUGACUUUGGAACCCAUAUUAAUGGUCACAUCAUUGAUUGUGCAUUCACGGUUUCUUUCAAUCCAAAGUAUGAUAAAUUACUGGAAGCAGUGAAAGAUGCCACCAACACUGGAAUUAAGGAAGCGGGUAUUGAUGUCAGGUUGUGCGACGUCGGAGAGGCCAUCCAAGAAGUUAUGGAGUCCUACGAGGUGGAAUUAGAUGGCAAGACAUACACAGUGAAACCUAUCCGUAACUUGAAUGGCCAUUCCAUAGGACCUUACAGAAUACAUGCUGGCAAGACUGUGCCAAUUGUGAAGGGGGGUGAAGCAACUAGGAUGGAGGAAAUGGAAUUUUAUGCAAUCGAGACAUUUGGUAGUACUGGUAAAGGAGUUGUCCAUGAUGACAUGGAAACAUCGCAUUACAUGAAGAAUUAUGAUGUCGGACAUGUGCCUCUGAGACUUCCAAAAGCUAAGCAGUUACUGCACGUCAUCAACCAGAACUUCAGUACUCUCGCUUUCUGCCGUCGCUGGCUGGACAGACUGGGACAGGAAAAAUAUCUGAUGGCUUUGAAGAACCUUUGCGAUGCGGGUAUUGUGGAUGCUUAUCCACCUCUCUGUGAUAUCAAGGGUUGCUACACAGCUCAAUGGGAGCACACGAUAUUGUUACGGCCAACAUGUAAGGAGGUUAUCAGUCGUGGAGAUGACUAUUGAAGACUGGAAGAACAUUCAUUGAUUUCUGUGGGUUAUUCUGUUAAUAGCUACAUUAGGUUAGCCAAGUAUUUUGGACAAGUUAGGAGGCUGAUGCGGUAUGGUGUGUCUUGUUUUGAAGCAGAUUUUGUGAAUACGGGUCAUCUGGUGACCAUUUUCUAAAGGCGAUCAUGCUUGUUUGCUGUAAUGGCCGGGGAUACUUGCUUGGAUAUACUCCAAUGCCAACAUUGGCGGCCAUGGAGGUGAUGAAAACUGCUCUUUGAAUCCCAGUUGAACUUGAAUCAGUGAAAAAAUAGAGAGGCAGGCUGCACUAAUGUGUGUGCUGUAUCAUUUGUGCUAAUCAUGUGUUCUUAUUUGGCAUCUUUGGAGGGAGCUAAUCACUGUUUGUGUCUAGGCUUACCUAUCAUGCUGUAAUCAAGGCCUUUUAGAAUAUGUGCUUGGCCAGUGAGGUUGGUGAUGAGCAGUUACUUUGAGAAACUGUACCAGAUUUUGAUUAGGGAUGAGGGCAGGGAAAACUUGUAAAUAUUGUACUAAUCAUCGUUAAAUCCAAAGCUUCAUCAGCUCAAUUUUGUCAUCAUGAGCAGGUCAAAUUUACCUGGUGUAAAUAUUUUGUCUGGUAUUUGAACUUGGCCAGGAGAAGCCAUCCAUCUCCAUAGGAACUAGCCCAGCAUGAAAAUGAGGGCUCCAGCAUUCCCACACAUAUGAACAGAUAUGUUCAAAGGUCAUCGAGUGUGGACAGAGUCUUUACACCAGAUCAAUUUCCUGUGUUCGUGAUGAAAGAACUUUCAUAUCAUCAGACUGUAGUGUUUCAGUUACUAUUUUUAAAGUGUGUUCAUCCAGGUUGGAUUUGCAAUCAUGAUGUGCCGAAUACUACAUCAUGUAUAUAAACAUUUCGGCAAGAUUUAUUUGGGUAGUCCUUGAACAGCAUGAUACGUUAUUGGAAGUAAUA